AUGAUUCCAGUAGGAGCUAAGAGUCCGAUGACUAUGAUGACUACCAUAAAAGUACAAAGUAGUGCUCUUGUAGGAAAUAGGCUUUACUUUUUUGGUAGCGCUGUUUAUACAGAAGCAAGGGACAAUUUGUUCCUUGAUGUAACCCUUUCAACGCUAAAUACAUCAAAUCCUUUAUGGUUCUCAAAUGUUUCAGUCCCAACUGAUUCUGCACUUGCAAGUGCAUGUGUUGGUGGUCCUAAUAAAAAUGCGAUAUAUCUUUUAGAACAUCUUAAUGCAACUAAUGCACCUAGAAUCAGCAGUACUAGUUUUGAUGUUCUUAAUGACAUUUUUAUACUUGAUACUUUACUCUCGACUUGGGCACCGGGCUCUAUUGUUGGUGCACCAACGGGACGUGUGGACUUUUCUGCUACACUCUUAAAUAAUGGUCUUAUACUUUAUAUAGGAGGUAUAGGAGGUGGUGAUAGCAUUAAUAUGGCAGAAAUUUCGAUUUUUAAUACAAAUAAUAAUUCAUGGUUUCCAAUGAAUGCUGUUGGUGAUACAAUAACCUCUAGAAGUUCUCAUUCUGCGGUAUUAUCUCCAGAUGGGCAUGUUAUAAUUUAUGGUGGAAAUAGCAAUAAUAUUGCUUUUAAUCAAAGCCAACAGCUAGCUACAUUAGAUACGACUGUUAAUCCGUACAAAUGGACCAAAAAGUCAUUGAAUGUUACUCAAAUUCAAACUGUUAUUGCCUCAGAAUCUACAACAUUAAGUACAGGGGUAAUCGUGGCAAUUCCUAUAGUUUCAAUUGCUGUUCUUGCAAUAAUAGGCUUUACAGGAUAUUGGCUUUAUAAAAGGAAUAAACAAAAUGAUAUCAUUCAUAUAGCAGGUUCUAAA